GUGAGCGUACACACAACGUCACUUCCGUAAAUAAGGGUGGACGGCUGCUAGAAUUUUCCGCUGAUUCGACUGGAGUCUUCGCUGCAACAUUCCAAUUUAAAACACCAAGAUUUAAUUGGAACUUCUCGGUGCUGACAACAACAAACAACCAUGGAAAUAUCUGUGGAAAAAAUCAACAAGUACAUCACAUUGGACAACCAGAUUCAUGAACUGGAGUUAAAAAACACACGGAAGAAGUUUGAAGAUCUUCAGAGACGUCUGAUAACUCUUCAGGAACAAAACAAAAGCCUGAAAGCUGAUUUGGCCAAAAAAUCUAAAAAGAUGGAAGCAGAGAAAGCAGAUGUUGACAAUCUCAGUAAGGCUAUGGAACAGACAGUAUUAGCUAAAGGAAAGGAUGGAUACAAAGAGGAAAUGCAAAAAGAAGAGGCAGAAUAUUUGGAGGCGUUGGCCGCACAGGAAACGACCCAUAAAUUUCUGACUCAGAAUGAGGACGAAAUCAAAAUGAUUGAGGAGAAAACAGCACAAGCAAAGAUAGAAUUUGAAAAACUGGACAAGUUAUGCCAGGAGCAUGAAGAAAAUAUCAAUUCCAUCUUCAAGGGAAGCUAUGGUAGUACCCUGGAAAACAAACUUGAGGCAGACCUUGACAUGUAUCUGGGAAAGCAACGUUUAAUUGGCAUUGCUCAUUAUAAGUGGACAAAUGGACGAGUGUUACUUAAGCAUUCUUAUUCUCAACUAUCAAUGGCCACAAAAACCUGGGAGAAAAUGAAAACAGUUCCAUUUAGUGACACAAACAAGCGAUACCAAGAAGCAACCAAAGUGCGGAACAACUUGAUCGCGGCCAUCUUGAACAUUACCAAUACUCAUUCCUAUCUUGAUAAAAUCAAGUUUCCUUACUUGAGUAUUCAAGAAAUCCAAACACUACAAAAGGCGACAGAUAAUAUUUACGCAGAUAUGACCAAUCAGGAUAGGGUUGAGCAUGCAUAUAAAUGCUACGACACAACACUUCAACGGUGUGAUGCACUUCUUCAAUGGUUUGAAAAGGUUAUCAACGACACAAUAGAGAUGGACAUGAAAUUAAAUAAGGAGCAAGUUGAAGAGACUCAGAAACAUCUGAGGGCCGAGAGGAUGAGACUGAUGAAGGAAUUGGCUGACCAACACCAAAUAGCGUUUGAUGUGGACCAAUCAGCUUUUGAGAUGGGAGAGCCAAAGAAAGAUGAUCAAGAACAGGGUAUGCAGGGAUUGGACGUUAAACCUGCCGGUGAUCUGGAGCAAGAGAAUACCUCGGCCCCUGUACAAAGAAAAAUUGCUGAUUUACCAUCACAGGACCAAAUCUUUGGUGAUAUGGAGAUGAUAAAAAAGAUGCAUGACGAAAGGAUAGAUGAAUACCAGAAAGUUGUAAACUUGAACAAAGCUCGUGUGGACCAGGGAUUGGAGGAGAAACUGGCUGAAAGACGUCAAAAAAGAAAGAUGCAAGAGGCAUCCUGAUUGGUUGAAAAUAUGUAAUAAAUAUUAGACUACAAGACGUCAAAGAAGAAUGAUGCAACAGGCAUCCUGAUUGGUUGAAAAUAUAUAAUAAAUAUUAGACUGCAAGAUGUCAAAGAAGAACGAUGCAACAGGCAUCCUGAUUGGUUGAAAAUUAUAUGAGACACACAGUUACUGGGUAUUGAGAUUUACUCUUGGCAAUUGAAAAAAAACAAUGGUAGACAUAAAUGUAGAAAAUGUAGUUAUGAACAAAAUACAAAAAAUGAUCUGUGUCAUCGUUGUGUAUAAAACAUCAUAAUUGCAUUAUUUUCAUUAGUCAAAACUCAUCAUGAAUACUUUGAGUCGAUUACACAAGAAAAUAAUUAAUGAUGUAAUACGUACAGCUUAUAAAUUAAUUAAUCUUCACAAUUAUUUGUUUUCAUGGUUCUAUCAUUGACAUUUCUUUUCAUAAUUGAAUGUUCUCUUAAAUAUAUGAAAAGGGACCAUUACAUAUUUCUGAUGUUAUUGAGUGAAAACAUAUUCAUAUUUAAAUAUAAGAAGAUUGAUUUGUUUAAAAGCAUUUCUCUGGUGAAAUUAAGGCAUCUUAUUGUAAUUAAAUUUGCUAAUUUAUCAAGUGCUAUUGAAUUUAAUUGAAUUCUCAAACAUUAUUGAAUUCCCAAACAUUAUUGAAUUAUUUGAUACAUUAUCAAAUGUUAGAAUCAUGUUAUGAUCUUGGUGACGUUAAUAGCCUCAUGUUGAUGAUGAUGAUGAUGAUGAUGAUGAUGCACUUGAUAAGCGAUGUGAUGAACAAUUAUUCAAAUUAUAAUCCCUAGCAAGCUGAAAUAACAUGUCAAAAAAAAAUUAAAAAAAUACAAAGACAAUGAUGAACAAUGUCAAUGUUAUGGUAAACCAUGCUUAUCAGAAUCAUCAGUUCAUUAUGUUACCUUCAAUGAAGGAAACUGGAUUAUUCGUUUAAGCCUUGGUCCACAUAACAGCAAUACAAUUAAUCUAGUAUCAAAAAGCUAGUCUACUAGCUGGCUAUACAGCCUAUAUAGUGCAUACAGUCUUAACUACAUUUCAAUCAAAUUUUUGUUUCGCAGAAAUAGCCUUUAUGUGACGAACUUUAUUUCUAUAAAACAUUCUAAAAUAAAUGAAAUGAUAUAUAAAAAUGUUUAUUACUUAGAACAACGUUUGUAACAAGUGUUUUUAUUGGUCACUUAAUUGUCUCCAUCAUUAUACAAGUAUUACAGUUUCCUGUGAAAUAUUUGGCCGAAUAAUUGAUCAAUUGACAGUUACAACUGUUUCUCUCUUUAAUUCCAAAUAAGAAUACUUUAUAUAACUUAAAGUGUCUAACUUUAUUAGGUAUAACUUUAAAUUUCUUGUAGAUAUUUUUAAAGAAAUCUGAGAUACGUGACUGCUUCUGUUUUUAUUAAUGAUUAUAUCACAUGUAUCAUAUAAAGGGUAAAGGAUGAUUUGUUGUGUGAGACCUAUAAGAUGAUUUGUUCCCAAUGAGUUUCCCCCCUUAUGAUUCAGUUAGGAGAUUAUAGAUUGAACUGUGUUAUCAUAUAUAUUAGGAAAUUCCUACUGACCAAAGAGGUACGACUGACAGAGUGAUCUCCCUUGACAAAGCUUUUGAGAGUAAAAUGCUGCCAUCGGCUAUUUUAUCAUCUCAAAUUGUUGAUCUGCCUUCUGAAGUGUGUUGACUGAACAUACCAAGCUUUUCAAGGACCAUGUUAUAGGAAAACAAUACAUUUACCCCAAUCGUCUAGCUCUUCAUAAGGGAAUAUUUUUGAUAAAAAUUAAUGGUUUUGAUUUUUUUGUGUUGUGUGCAGCAUGUGAAAUUCUAUAACUAUAGUGACUGUAGACUUAAUGAAACAUGUAUUAAAAUGUAAAUGUACGUAUUUUAGAGGUGGUUUUAUGUUUUGAUAAAUUUCGUGCUUUCAAUAAUGUACAUUAAACGUAUGACUUCCCAAAGUUAUAUUUCUAAUGCAUUAAUAUGUUGAUCAAAUUGAAUUUAUUGCCUCUAAAAUAAAUGUAUUUACAGUAUUUUUAUAUACAAGGUAUCAGAGUCUGAUAAACUGUUCCGUCCAGGGUAGAAAAUUAUAGAACAGCAGUGUAGAUUACUCUAGGCUAUUUACUAUUUUAGAACAACAAUACAAACAGAUUGCUUAUUUUUAAUGUUUAUGUCUGAUUUGAAUUUUCUUGUUGUUUGUAAUAGAAUAAUUGUUUUUAAAUUUCACUUGUUUAAAUAUGAUCAUAUAUUGCACUGAUUUUUCUAUAGUCAUUUGUGUAAUUAAUUCACUGAAAAACAGAAAGAAAAAUUUUCUGUAAUUAAUUCACAGAAAAACAGAAAGUCAAAUGUACAAACCUAAGUAUAAUCAUCAGAGUAGAUGUGAGAAUGUAUUGUCCUGUACCAAAGCAUCUUUUUAUAUAAGUUUAACAAAGUGUCCAUGAUUUCAUCAAUGAAUCUAGGAAUUCAAUUGUAACAGUCAAAUGGACUAUAACUGUAAAAAUCAAUAAUGGAAAAUAUUAUCAGGCGUAAUAUUUUAUUUUUUUUUAAAUAUCCUAAAACUACAUAUAACACUUUCCCUUAAUUACGAAAAUUAAGUGUCAGCAGCAGUGUUUAGGAAAUACCGCGACUAGCGCAACACAAUUUGGUAGGUCCUACAACAAUGCAUGUGUUGCCGCUCGUUAGCUCGUAAGCUUGUGACUCCUUUCGGCUUUCUGCGUGUGGCAUUCUUUACGAACAUCAACUGAGGUAAAACACUUUUAAAACUUGGAAUUAAAUAUUCGUGAAUACAUUUUUAUGGUAUAGAUCUGAUCGUACAUCGCUAUAUCUUAACAUGAUUUUACUCUUUAUAGGAAUAAAUCACCGUUUAAUGAUUAUGAAACUAUUAUAGUCAAGUUAAGUAAGAUUAGUAAUUACAAUAGAAAUUGUACUGUAUACACAAACACCGUUGAUACAAAUUUCAGCCUUUUACGAAUAUAUGUUCAUGUACAGAAGAUGUAUAUGAAAGUUUCGAAUUCGGCUCAACCUUACAUUUUUCAAAACAGUAUAAUGCAUUUUGGAUAUAACGAAAUAUGUACUCUCGUCCCAUGUAAUUCAUUAUUAACGAGAUUUAUUGUGCUUUUUUUCUGCCUGAACUCUACUUUUGGUGACAAGAGUUUUUAAUUAGAUAGUAACAUAAACCUGUUAAUCAUGUUUGACUUAGUAACCAAGGUUACGAUAUAUCCAUCUGACUCAUCUCUAAGAAUGUAUAUGAUAAUCGGACAUUAUGUGCUCAAUAUCAAUGUCAACACCUAAAUGUGAUAUAUCUUUACAUAAGUAUUUUAUUUUAGAAGAUUUUACAACUUUUUUUUCCAAAUAUACAUUCAAUUUAAGUAACAUGACUUCUGAAAUAUGUAUUUUAUAUUGUUGGUAGUCUAUUCUUAUACUGUAUACAGUCAAGUGUAUAACCAAUCGGUAUGUUAUAUGGUAGACUUUUUAUUUUGUGUGUAAUUUUAGUAAUAUAUUUGCAUUUUAUUAACAAAAUAAAAUCAUUCCAACAAAACUGUAAAUCUAGAUUUUGUGUUAUGGAAUGUCUGUUAUCCCCUGUACACUGUCCAUUUCUAUGUACCAUUUUUUUCCAGCAUUAAAGGUAACAUCUACUGUUCUG